AAUUAAUUAAUUCAUAAAUAGCUGAAUAUUUUUAAUUAGUAUCUGUCUGGUUUAUUUUUGUUUGUGUGCAUUUUCUCUUAGCAGUAGUCUUGCGCGUGGCAAUCGCAGAGGCGCAGUUUAGAAAGUUGCAUAUCGCCCAAGUAUCUAUUUUAUCGCUGGCUGGUGACUCAGCCGCGGGGCAGCAAUAACCAUGAGUCAACACUGCGCAUACUAUCAAUGAUGGCUCAUAAUGGAUCACAAGGAAAACGAGUGCGAGUAUUAUCUAUUUUUCGCCGCUUCAGUUAAUUAAUAAUAAGCUGUCGAUCGAAGCUGAACGUAUGAUAUAAACAAAGAACUCGUCAGCAACGGGAAUCAGCGAAGCACAGCUCAGCUCGUAUCUGCCGUUACCAGGAGUUCCCGCAAACCAUCAACUCCGGCAAACAGGGAAACGACAACACCAAAAUCAAGUGUCACUUCCCAGCAACAGCCUAGACUCUCACCGGCGCUUCCGGUACUGGGACUUAACUUUGUGUGUGUUCAUAUUGGCUGCACUGCACAACCCCUCACCCCCGUCACCACUCACCACCACUCGCCUUACGAAACGAAACCUAACGCGACACACACACCACCCCCCCAACCCCCCACAACAAUGGCCAUAGUCACUUCACCCACUUCACCACCCACGCCCAGCCCUACCGCGUCCGCAAGCGCCCUCACUUCUUCAGAUGUGAGUAUGGCUGCUGGUGGCAUCGUGGCCGGGGCCCAGGGUGCGUUUCCGGCUGGCUUGGAUAGGAAACGUGGGAAGGCGUGUAGGUUCUAUGGGACCGUUGCGGGAUGCCGAGCAGGUCAAUCCUGCCCAUUCUCACAUGAUGAAUCUCAGCGGGCAUCCCGAAAGACCCCAGCUGCUCGGCCUGACUCCGUGGCCAGCGACAGUUCUUCUAACCCCCAGUCCAAUAUGCCCCUUACCACUUCGCGAGCCCAGGCGAUAACGAAGCCGGUCCCCUCGUCUCGCGUUGUGACCAAGCCAAUCCCUCAGGCACAGGCUGAAGACCCGAGAGAGUUCCAGAUCGGCCAGAUCAGGCGGCGUUUUAAACCCCGGGAGCGCAAAUCUGAAGAUGGUGGUACCAUUCUCGAGUUUGAUUUGAAGCCAUCGGAUCCGGAUUUCCCGUUUGAGAUGACCGCGCUGGCGUGCUUACUUGUGGUGCCACAAGGCUAUCCGGAAGAGUCACCAAGCCUCAGGAUUAGGAAUAGUGACAUUCCUAGGGGGUUUACUAUCAAUGUGGAAAGGGGGUUUGAUGGGUUAGUGGAGGCUAGAACGAAAAGUAUGACGUUGCUAGCAUUGAUGGGAGCGCUGGAUAAGAACCUCGAGGCCUUCUUGAGUGAGAAGAAGGCCGAGACGAUAAAGCUAGUGGCCAAUGCUGAUAAACGGCAUCUGGAAAACCUACCCGUGAGGGCGGUAAAUCACGAAGCUGUGUCAUCUACCUCCAAGGGGAAAGCUGUCCAAACACCGAAACCGGUGCAAGCUCCCCGUCCCGCACCAGUGUAUUAUUCCAAGGUGCAAAAGGAGGAAGCUCAAGCCAAGAGAAACUCGGAGACGAGACAGCUAGAGGCAAGACUGGGACGAUUGCCCCUUUACAAGAGGUCAGGAGAUGGUAUUGCCUAUACUCUGCCGAUUGAGCCUCGGAAACGAGGCGAACUCCCAGUGCCUCUUCGGUCUAUCAAGACAAUAGUCUUGUUCGUGCCGCUUCUGUAUCCAUUGCAGAAUUGUCGUAUUAUGUUGGAAGGCGUGAAGUCUGAAGAUGCAAAAGCGACAGAGGCAGCGUUUGAGGAGCGUGCGAAGAGAGAGAAGGAAACAACACUGAUGGGCCAUGUUAAUUUCAUGGCUCAGAAUAUGCAUGUUCUGGCUAAGACGCCACUGAAAGUUCCAGUUGCCGACAAACCUGUAGUUCAGGAGCCAGAGCCUGUUGAGGCAGUUGAAGCCGAGGAAGCACCAGUUGUUGCUGGUGUGGUGGACGAGGAGAGGAGCCAUAUUUUCCACAUUCCGAGACCUCCCGAGUGGGCGAUAGAAGGUGAGGCGGAAAGUGAAGAAAGUGAUGGCUCCGACUACUCAUACGAUUCCGAGGACUUCGAAGGUGGUCCUACGGACGAAGAGGGCGAAGGAGAACAAGAAACCCUAGAACCUCUUGACACGACGGAACGAGGGACAGCGUUAUCAUUUCCUUUCCUUGAGAUUUAUGGCAUCGAGCUUCUCGAAACAACGGUCUUAAAUCUAACAAUCAAGUGUGAGCGAUGCAGAGACACUACCGAUAUCACAGGCCUUCGGAACGGCGUCAAGAAGACCGAAAGUUGCAGGAAGUGUGCCACGGUUCUAGGCGUCACGUUCCGCCGCGACUUAAUCCACACGAAUGCGAUCCGAGCCGGAUUCCUGGACCUCGAAGGCUGUGUGCCCGUCGACAUGCUCCCAAGUACCUUCUUGCCGACAUGUUCAACGUGCUCUGAACCAUUCCCUGCACCUGGAAUAGUGGCACAUGCAGCCAAUACAAUCACUAUCAACUGUCGACACUGCCAUGCCUCCAUGACACUCAAGCUCACCGCACCGAAGUUCCUGCGCAUCACCUCUGCCGCCAUGCCAGCGUCUGGACCACGGCGGAAGCGGGACAUGCUCCACCUCCACCCAGGCGAAGCACUCCCACUGAAUGGCCGCUGCACGCACUACGCGAAAUCUUACCGUUGGUUCAGGUUUAGCUGCUGCAACAAGGUCUACGCCUGCGACAGAUGCCAUGAUGAGAAGGAGGAGCAUCCGAAUGAGCGGGCCGAGAGGAUGGUGUGUGGGUGGUGUAGUCGCGAGCAGGCCUUCCGGAAGGAAGACUGCAGGUUUUGCGGGAGAGGACUGGUGAGAAAGAGGGGAGGAGGGUUUUGGGAAGGAGGAAAGGGGACGAGAGAUAAAGCCGCGAUGAGCCGCAAGGAUCCGAGGAAGUAUAAGAGGAGAGGAGGGGGAGCGCUUGCGAAGAAGAAGGAUUAGGCUGGGCUUUACGGCAUGUAAAUGUUGGAUACGGAUGCUGCUACCGUGUAGGAUAAGAAAUUACCAUAAUUCAUAGUUAAAAGCUAGAAUCUAACGAAUAC